UAACGGCGCAGUGAGGGGGCGGUUUGCGGUGCGCAUGCGUGGAGGUGCCGCUCCGCCCUCCGCCCGUACCGCCGGUUCAGUACCGGUGUUCGGUGCCGUUCCUCUGCCCCUUCCCCUCCGCCCCCAUGGAGGAGCCGCCGGCGCUGCACCCUGUGAAGCUGUACGUGUACGACCUGUCCAAGGGCAUGGCCCGCCGCCUCAGCCCUCUCAUGCUGGGGAAACAGCUGGAUGGCAUCUGGCAUACCUCCAUAAUAGUCCAUAAGGAUGAGUUCUACUACGGUGCUGGGGGGAUCUCCAGCUGUGCACCUGGAGGGACCCUUCUUGGCCCCCCAGACUCAGUUAUUGACUUGGGGAACACUGAAGUUACAGAAGAAAUCUUUCUGGAAUAUCUUUCUUCCCUGGGGGAGUCUAUGUUCCGAAGUGAGUCUUACCACUUCUUUGAACGUAACUGCAACACCUUCAGUAAUGAAGUGGCACAGUUCCUGACAGGAAGAAAAAUCCCUUCCUACAUCACUGACCUUCCAUCCGAAGUUCUUGCCACACCUUUUGGACAAGCUUUACGGCCCUUCCUGAGCACUACCCAGUUCCAGCCACCUGGAGGAAAUACCUUCAACAGGGAUAACGGACAGAGCUAACAGGAGUGCCCUGCUGUGCCCAGCCUCACCAGGCCUCUUCCUUUUUAAGCACGAAUCUUCCAGAUUUCUAUUUUAUAAUUUCCCAUCUGAAUUAACUCUAUGGAAAUUACGAGACCACUUUUAAAAUUUCUUAGGGAGAGGAUUUAUCAGGGUGCGUGCAAGGCAAGGCUACCAAAAAGGUUGCCAUAAUUUCUAAUAGUAUUAUACUAAUUUAUAAAGGCUGUCUUGCCUGAAGUUAGGCUGAUACUUUCUAAGUAAUUCCUCUGCUGGGAAGUGGGAAUUCAUUCCAUGAGCGUUCGAGCCCAUUAUGUAUUUUGAAGUAAAGGGCGUGUCAUAGCCAUCCCUUGCAUACUCUUUCUCUUGUCGCUGUCAAUACUAUGGGGCUAAUCUCUAGCAAGGGAGGUACCUGUAGCUGAGGAAGUAGAGGUGUCCCAGUACUCGUCUUGUGCAUAUUUCAUUAAUGUUGUGUUGUUUGCUCAGGGGAAAAGCUGAACUCGUUUGGUAGGAGUAUUUACAAUGGCACAGCAGUGGGAAAGGUGGCUCAGCUGAACCAGGCGGUGUCACUUUGAAGGCUGAAGCUCUCAGCAUGUGUGUGGGAGGGAGGCUGUGUCUGAAAAGUACCAUGAGCUUGGGGAGAUCCAAGUGUUAUGGGAGAGAACAGCUCAAAGAACAAAAUCGUGCGAUGGAAGCAACGGAUAGAACCUUGUUAACUUGUUUGCCUUUGCAUAGGAACUGGUUUUUCCUCACUAAGCAAGAUUUACAAUGUGGCAGUCUCUUGAUGACAUGAUGUAGGCCAGUUCUGCCUCCAUUCUAUUGUUGCAGACACAGUAGGGCUCCCAGCUGUUUCUGAUACUGCUGUUCUUUCUAAAGCAGCCAAGUACAUCACAGAGGGCUGCAUGAGGAAAAGCAGGUGGUAGGGCUCCCUAAAUUUAAAGAAAACAAGGAAGAGUGAAAUAAAGCUUUCCCGUGGAACAAUUGAGUUGAUUGGGAUACAUGGAGAGGCAGCCCUAUCCUUAGAUUGGCAUUAGCUUGUGCCAAUGCUGCAUCUUCUAAUGUAAGAUACUUACAGCUUUGCAGUUAUUCACAGCAGAAAAAGAUCACAGGAAGAGAAGAGCAGGCGCACUGAUUUCUUAUUGUGCAUGUGUAUACACUACUUUCCUGAACAAUUAUGUAGCAAAUAUGCUUAGGAUGGAACACAACAACAUCAGAAAACCCCCAAAACGUUGCCCUGAAAGUGGGCAUUGCACAUCUCAGAUACUGCAGAAAGAAAGCGUCUAUGCAAAUAUACAGUCCUGUGUGCAGUGCUUUGUUGUGACAUCUGCUUCUCCUGGGGUCUCUGCUUGUGCCAUCAGCUUCUCCUGGAGUGUUUCAUUUGGGCUGGACUAGGAGGUGGCUGGAGCAGUUGGUGUAGAUGCAACAGCUUCCAGCAAAAGCUUUUGGUCUUUCCCCAGCAAAACGUGCUGUUUGCAGAAGGCAUUCUGUAGUAAAUCAUUUACCAUACAGCACCUUCUGGUGUUCUGGGGAACAACUGUUAGGUUUGCUUUCUGCUGAGCCAUAGAAACCAUAGCUUAGUUUUUCUGCUGUCUAUGUAUAUCAACUCUGAACUCUCUUGAUGCCUGUUUUGUGAAGAGGAAUUGGUCUCUCAUCUCCCUGCAGACAUGACUAUACCACAAAAUGCAGAAGCACAUCAGGCAUCUUGGAGCUUCCCCAGACCAUUGGGUAGGAAACCCAUUUUCUCCAAAGAUGGUUAGCUGUAACUGCACAAGCCAUUCCUCACAGCCAUAUAAACUACAGUGAGACAUGUAUGUACAUAUAUUGGGGUGGCGAACCUCAGCCAGCUCAUUGACAAAGGGGCAGGGCAGCUGCACUGCUGAACGGGGGCAGAAUCCUUUGCUUGUGCUUCCUGAUCUGUUGUGUAUUUCUGGGGUUCCCCCCAUGCCAUUAAAAUGAAGUUAAUUAAUAACAUCUUUAGACAGAAAGCGAUGGUUUGCAUUUUUUUUUCCUGUGACAAUUAAAACAAUCCUGUUUGUACAUA